UAAAAAUAUCAAAAUGGCUUCCAAAGAUUUGAAGAUGAUGUUUGGUAUAGUGUUUCUCCUUCUCAUUGCACUUAAUGCUAAUGCAAUUAAGAACACUAAAGUAACUAGAAACGUUCAACUUGGAUAUCCCUAUUAUCUUCAAGAGACGGUUAUUGAAUUCACUAAUAACGAGAAAGAAAAUAUCCAUGAAUAUAUCUUGCUCAUUGACAAAGACCAGGUUGAUGACUUAGUCUAUAUUGAAGUAGAGCUUAACAAAAAAGUAGCUAAUACUACCAGAGAUGACUCCAUUACAAUUCCUACUGAAGAUUUCGUACCAUUCAAAGUUGAUAUCGGAACUCUAUCUUCUGGAAGUAAAGCUAGAUUUAUAGUUAAGGAAAUUUAUACCAAUAAGAAAGCUCCUUACUCAACAACUAUGAAGAUGCACGAGACCCCCAAGCUCAGAAUUAUUGAUGAUGCUUAUUACAUAUCUCUUUAUGAAACAGAGAAGAUGAAAUCUACUUUUGAGUGUAGCGAAUGUGGAUCUUUAAAAGCUACAGAGAUUGAAGGUGCAGAAGCCAGAACCAAAAAUGUGAGAUAUGGAACCUUCAAGAACGUGCAGCCUCUUACUUCAGAAGCAAUAUAUAUUUUGAUCAAUAUUGAUGCUCCUCAGCCUCUCUUUUCUAGCGUCAAAAGAGCCAUUACAAUCUCUCAUUGGUCUUCAAUUGAUGUAGAAGAAGAGUAUAGGUUAAAGAACAAUAUCCCGGCAUUGGCAGGAGGGUUUAGCCGUGUUGCUUACAACCCACAUACUAUUAAAUAUGCUGUCACAGAACUUGACUGUGAGCUCCCUGUAGACAUUACUGAGCUUUAUUACACAGAUGAGAUUGGCAACAUCACUACCUCUAAUGCUUACAGAGGUUCAGAGAAUGUCGAAUUCACUAUCCAGCCAAGAUUCCCAGUUAUGGGUGGAUGGAAGACCUACUGGCAGCAAGGAUAUAAGCUUCCUAAAGACUCUUACAUUAAGGAAACUGGCAAUCCAGAGGAAUAUGAGGUUAGUUUAAGCUUCUCUCACCCUUAUGAUGACAUUAUUGCGCAAGACUUCGAGUUUAGCAUUACACUUCCGGAAGGAGCAACUGACACAAAGAUUGAUAUCCCAUUUGAGAUGCAAAGUAUCGAGAAUGAGACUGUCUUCAGAUACCUUGAUCUCUUUGGAAGACAGAAAAUAGUUAUGAAAAGAAGAAAUAUCUUAGAAAGAGUUCAUGACAAGAGUGUUAAAGUGACUUACAGACUUCCUCAAUCUAGCCAUCUCAUAAAGCCAGUGAUAGUUGUAGUCUACAUGUUCAUUCUGUUGUUCUUCCUGCAGCAAAUCUGGAGAUGUGCAUCCGAUUCUGGAUCUAAGCCAAAGAGAGAAUAAUUACAUUCCAAUAUUCAAAUCAA